CAUCAAAUUAGUAGGAAACACAUGCUAGUACCACAUGCUCACGUUGAUUGUGAGAGGUUAGCUGUGCUGCCUAUUUUCUUGACCGAUAGGAAUGAAUCACCAAUUGCCCCAAUAUAUAGAGGGCUAAGGACUUGGUGAGAGCAAAAAAACAUUGAGCUUCCUUUGUUAGAGAACAUAAUAAAAAGAGUAACCAUGGCAAACAAGUUUCAUGUUCGCUCAAUUAGUUUUCCCAAUGGAUCUCAUCCUAGCACCAUUGCAGUAGAGGAAGAGCUGAGCAACCUCAAAACUUGGGAAGCCACAUCUACAUCCACAUCAAAGUCCAUUGGCGUUGGCUUAUCCUUGCUUCAAGAUUUGCAUACUUGCUUGGAAGAUCUUCUCAACAUGGGAUCAACCCAAAAGCUGAUUUCCAACCAUCAAGGUGAGAAAUGCAUGGAAGAGCUUCUUGAUGGAUCAGUGAGAAUUUUGGAUAUCUGUGGCAUCACAAGGGACACCAUGUUGCAAAUUAAGGAAAAUGUCCAAUCCCUUCAUUCUGCUCUUAGAAGGAGGAGAAAGGGGGAUUCAAGCAUUGAAAAAAUUAUAGCUGAAUAUAAUUUCUUCUCAAAGAAGAUGAAGAAGAAUGCCAAGAAAUUGAUCACAUCUUUAAAGCAGAUGGAGAGCAAACAUGGAGUAUCCCCACUCUUGAAUCAAGACAAACAACUCGCUGCUUUGAUUAAAGUGCUUAGAGAAGUUAUUGUAAUGAACAUGUCUAUCUUCAAAUCCCUGUUAGCUUUCUUGGCCGUACCUGCUUCAAAGUCAAAGGCAACCAAAUGGUUAUUGGUAGCAAAAUUAUUGCACAAGGGAGUGAUAGCAUGUGAAGAGAACCAAGAGAACUACAAUGAGUUGCAGUGUGUGGAGGCAUCUUUAAGCACCCUUUUAAGUGAAGGUACUAAUGUUGCAAAGAUGCAGGGUGCACAUGAAAGAUUGGAAGCUUUGGAGAAUGCCAUUGAAAGCAUAGAAAAUGGUUUGGAGGGCGUAUUUAGGCACAUGAUUAAAACAAGGGCCUGCCUUUUGAACAUCACGACUCAAUAAGAUUAGAGUCAUGAUUUUCUCUCUAAAUCCUGCAAAGCAUCCAAAUUUUAGGGAUCGGCUGAGGAUUUGAAAAUUUUGCCUCAUCAAUUUGUACAUAUGUAUACAGUUCAAUAGUUAUACAAUCAAAUACAAUGAAAUGUUUUUACUCUA